ACGGAACCUGAUUCACUUCAUUCAUUUUCCCUCAGAGUCGCUCCGGCUGAACUCCCGCAGAGUCGCUCCGACACGCCGCAACUUCCUGUUUUAGCGCUCUGGCAGGAUGGCAGUGAGGCUCGGCGCUCUGAGCCCGGUGUGUGUGUGUGUGUGUGUGGCGCUGUGCUGCGCGCUGUGUGUUCGAGGCGCCUCACACAAUGAGCUCCUGGAAGGUGGUUUGGAUAUGAACUCGUCUGUAGACACAGAGCUGCUUGAUUAUCAGAUUAAAUUUAAUAUGCGUAAAUCUGCGGAUCUGGAUGAUGAAGGCUGUUUCCUCCAAACGGGUCACAGUGAGGCUCUGGAGCAGUGCAGCUUCAACACCACGGCCAGGACCAUCCUCAUCAUCCACGGCUGGGCGAUAGGGGGUGUUUUUGAGAGCUGGAUGUAUAAGCUGGUUGCAGCGGUAGUGAAGCAUGAGGCUGAAGCGAAUGUCAUCGUGGUGGACUGGCUCAGUUUGGCCCAUCAGCUUUACCCUGAUGCUGUCAAUCACACACUCUACGUUGGACAUAGUAUUGCUGCACUGCUCAACUGGCUACAGGAUGAACAGCAGCUGCCUCUGGAGAACGUGCAUCUGAUUGGUUACAGUCUGGGAGCUCAUGUAGCAGGAUACGCUGGAGCAUUCGUUCAUGGUACAGUCGGCCGAAUAACAGGGUUGGACCCGGCCGGUCCCAUGUUCGAGGGGGCAGAGCCAAACAAGCGCCUUUCUCCAGAUGACGCAAAGUUCGUGGACGUCCUGCACACGUAUACACGUGAAGCUCUGGGCGUGAGCAUCGGCAUUCAGCAGCCAAUCGGACACAUCGACAUCUACCCUAACGGGGGGGAGGUGCAGCCUGGCUGUGCCCUGGGGGACGUCCUGACCUCCGCCACCACAGGGGGCUUUAUGGGCAUGAUGAAGUGUGAGCACGAGCGGGCGGUGCAUCUGUUUGUCGACUCUCUGAUGGAUCGGGAACACACGAGUUUUGCGUAUCAAUGCACGGGGCCGGAGCGCUUUAAUAAAGGAAUCUGUCUGAGCUGCAAGAAGAAUCGCUGUAACACUGUGGGCUACAACGCUCGCAGCGUGCGCAAGAGGAGGAACAGCAAGAUGUACCUGAAGACUCGCGCGGACACGCCCUUCGCUGGUUACCACUAUCAGAUGAAGAUGCACAUCUUUAACAGGAAACACUCAAACAAUGCAGAUCCCACCUUUUACAUCAAACUGUACGGAGCUCACAACAACACCAACAACAUCUACAUCGACAUUGCUGAUGGUGUGGGUUUGAACCUCACCAACACGUUCCUGGUGUUUACGGAGGAGGACAUCGGAGAGCUUUUGAAGAUCCGUUUGAGCUGGGAGAGUCCCAGUGAGUCCUUCUCAGCCGUGUGGAAACACUUCAAGUCCUUCUGGUCCAGUUCCUCAAGUCACAAAGUGCUGCAGGUUCGCCGCAUCCGCAUCAAGUGUGGAGAAACGCAGAGGAAGUUCACGUUCUGCGCUGAAGACAUGUCGGAAAUUGACAUCGCUCCGGGGAAUUCUCUAACCUUUGUGAAAUGUCGUGACGGCUGGGAAGUGAAACCCAGGAAACGGAUCCACAUGUGAGUGUUUCUUCACAGAAGUGGAUGUGGAUUGGGACGCGACCGCGCUCUUCAGUCUGAGCACUUUUUCUCUGUGGGAGGUUCUUUUCAUAAUUGGGAGUGGGAGUGGGUGUGCGCGUGUGGGUGUGUUCUUUUGAUACUAAUUUGUACAGGCCUAUUUAUUUGUGACCUUUAUUUAAAAUAGCCUGUGACUCUCACCAGCAUGUGUGUGUGUGUGUGUGUGUGUGUGUGUGUGUGUUACCAUGGUGAUUGUACUGUCUUGUUUUUUAUGAGAUUUGUUUUUUUUUAUUUAUGAAUAAGGCACUGCAGUAAAACUUUAUUUAUCAACGCUGUUGAUACACGUGUGUGUGUGUGUGUGUGUGUGUGUGUGUGUGUGUGUGUGUGAGAGAGAGAGAGAGAGAGAAUGUGUUUAAGGAUUGUUCAGUGUUUCUGUGGGAGUGAAGCUCAUGGAAUCCUUCGGAGAGACGUUACCUUGAACAUGUUCGUGUGUACAAACUGUUUAAAAAAAAAAGUCAAUGAUAAAUUCAUGUUUAUAAAA